GAGUUAUUUUAAGGUAGUGAUAUUCACUAUUCAUUCAUUGAUAUCAUCCGGUAUGAAACAAGAGAGAAGCAUACCGCAUAAUGAUAUAAUCCCAGUGUGAACACAGAGCAAGAGUGAGAGACGCCGCCAUUAUUUUCGCACUCACGGAUCAGUGCGUGAGUUCCAUUGUGGACGACGAUCUCGGCGGAUCGAAUCAAAUCAAGUGAGAUCUCAGCCAGUAAGUGAGUUGAAAUUGGCCGAAAAGCGAGUUCGUUCGGAGGCAGUCGUCGUCGGGAGUGCAAGUGCCAAUAGUUUCUCGGACGCUCAGAAGGUUUGUGUUUAGUGGUUUACUUGUGCAACAGAAAUAGCGAAACGUGCGCAAAUAGUGACAUAUUGAAUAACCAAAACCGGACGCGUGCAUAAUUUCGCGAGUGGAUUCACUUUUGGCAGCGAAAACGAAGAUUCUUCUGCCAAGUGCGUAUGACAUAUGCGUGAGAUUGCGUUUUCUUUAUUGUUGCUUCUUGUUUGUUCCUUCAUCGAAUAUCGGUCGAAUCGGCGGAGGCCGUCUUCUUGCGGCGAGAGAGGUGGUCUUCUUUCUCUUGGAUGGUGGUGGAUUUGCAUGGUGUUCUUUGCCGAGUUCGAUGGAUGCGGAAUCUUGCACCAAUACUGUGAUGGAUUGUUUUUACGACGGCAGCCGAAUCGGACGGGAGUAAGUGGUUGUGAAGUGAGUGCGGAGCGAAAAUGAAAACAGGUUUUGAACUGUCAACAAAAAUCUCAUCUCAGUAGUGCAGUGCGAGCAGAACCAUGGAUGUGUUCGAUUUUAUAUUGUUUUGAUGGAUUGACUGUUCGUUAUCGCUGGAUUUCAAACGUUGCAUGCUUUCAGCUCGCUUGUAAUAAUUAAAAUGUCAAUAUCCAGUUGACAUGUGGACGAGUUACAAUCAUCACCGUCAUCAUCAUCGGCAUCAGCAUCAGCAUCAGCAUCCACAACAUCGGCAACAACACGAACAUUGAUUGGCAAAACUUGGUCCACCUCAACAAAAUAAAUACACAGCAUCAACGCGGCAGCAGCAUCCAACGAAACAAGUUUUGCCUUCUUCUUUGAGGUUUCUUCUUGGAGUCGUCGUAGUCCAAGACGCCGUCGUCGUCGUCGUCGUCGUCGGUCGUAAACUAGGUCUUGCGGCGACACAGUCGCUAGUUGCAAGUCGGUACUGGUAGAGGUUAGUUGUAGUAAGUACAAGUUGUAGUAGCUGCACAACUUGGAGCAACGGUGAUAUAGAACCUGGAAUAAGCGCAGAGAUCCGAAGGAUCAGGUCGUGCUCUUCAGGAGUAAUAACAACAACAACAGCAAGAACAUCAGCCAAGCUGAGAUCUAGACGUGAGUAUUAAUGCAAUACAGCAACAAGUCCCGAAGGGAAAGAGUUACGAACGGGCGCGCGCGCAAGAGUAUGAGUGCAUGAGAGCGUGGUGCACGGCAUUCGAGGGUUUGGUUUAGUUACGAGGUGUUGUACUAUUAUGCUGCAUGUGUGCAGUAGGGUACUACAGCCGAGAGUCGAGCCUAUUUCAACUACAGCCAAGCAACGAGCAGCAGCGCGUUGGACGACGAAGCAAAUUCGAAAAAACCGGUGGCUCGUCAGUUCGAUCGUCUCCGGCGCGGUGUGAAGGUGGUGCAAUAAUAUCGCAAUCAGUGAGUCGCGCGUUUCACAGCGGUGUGUUGGUGAAAUUAGAGAAACUCAUGUGCUGAUAUAAGAAAAGCAAAAAAUAAAAUAAAAGAAACACCGUCGAGGUUGAAAAGUGUGUUCUAUUGUGGUUUUACGAAGAAGGGGAAGCAAUUAAUCCAGUGCAACAAGUGCUACUACGGGUUCAUACAAUCACCUGGUGAUUGACAGUGUUCUAGGUUCCUUCCAAGCAAGAGAGAAAUUGAAAAUUUCAACGAAAAGUCCAGUUCGAUCGAAGAAGAAGAAGAAGAAAAAUAUCCCAUCGUAGAAAGGGAUCCAACGUGUGUGUAAAGAAGGAACUAAACUUGGCCCUUGGGUUCGAGUGAGUGUAGGGAGAGAGGAGAGAGAGAGCAGAGGGCUCGAAGAUCUUCCGUUUUGGCAAAUGAACGUUCGAAAUUUCCUCACUAAUGGAAGCAAGUGGAAGCCAUCAAGUGCACCACCAGUCAAGGAUCAGCUCCAUCAGUUCCGAUUGCUGUGAUACAACCAGUAGCAGCAGCCCUUCCGAGGUCCCGAGAACCGUCGUUCCUUGUUGUACCAGUGAAGGUGAUUGUCCGGAGAAAAGUGCAGGUUUACCACUAGUGUCGUUCUGUGUCAGCUCCUUCGGGGGUGAAUAAGGAAGGUAGCAACAGAAGAAGACGACAACUGCCAGUCAGUGUCAGUGCAGUGUUGUUACACACAUGGGGGCAGGAGGCUGGAUAGUCGUUGCAUGAAGAAGCAGAAGCGGCGGAAGAAGAAGAAGAAGGUGAUCUUUGUUUUAGCCCCCUAUAAAGCGAGAGAGAGAGAGAGAGUGAGAGCAAGCACGCGAAGAAAGAAAGAAGAGUUUGACGAGUCGGCAGCAGAACUAGCCAACCAAAAUAGGGAGCUCCAGGAAGCGGUCCUCCCAUUUGCGACGGUUGAAAGUGUGUAUGGCCAACACUCUGUCGGCGAUCAAGAUGACUAAUCCCAUUCGAGGACUCGUGAGCAAGCGCAGAAUCCGGUACACCCAGGAUGGAUUCGAUCUGGACCUUACAUACAUUAACGAUCGGAUCAUCGCCAUGGGCUACCCGGCGGAGCAUAUGGAAUCGAUCUACCGCAACAAGAUCGAGGACGUACAGAAAAUGCUGGAGAAGAACCACGCCGGUUGCUACAAAAUCUACAAUCUCUGCUCGGAGCGGAGCUACAAUCACAAACGCUUUCCGUACUACUCCGUGUACCCCUUCAAGGACCAUAACCCGCCGGACAUCGAACUGAUAACGUCGUUCUGCAGGGAUGUGGACGAGCACCUUCGGGCGGACAGCAAGAACGUGGUGGCCGUUCAUUGUAAAGCCGGCAAGGGCCGGACAGGUACGAUGAUCUGCUGCUACCUGUUGUACAGUGGGCAGUUCAACACGGCGGCCGAAGCACUCCACUACUACGCACAGCGGCGCACAAGUGACAGCAAAGGCGUAACGAUCCCGUCCCAAAGGCGAUACGUCGAAUACUACGCCACGCUACUCAGAAGCAACGAAACCUACCAACCGGUGACGCUAUAUAUUUGCGAAAUUCGGAUAGCUCCGGUGCUGAACUUCAAGGAAGGUACAAUCAGCGUGACCGGCAAGGGUCCGAUGCAGCUACCCGAGUUCAAACGGGCCGCCGACGAGCAGCAGCAGCACGUCGUGGCAAAGCUGGACUACUGCAUGCCCCUGGCCGGCGACGUCAAGGUCGAGCUCGUCAAGAGCUCGGUCCUGCGGAAGGAGAAACGAUGCCAUUUCUGGUUCAAUACGUAUUUUGUGGAGAAGUCAGCGAGAAAAGACGCUGAGGGAAACCUUUUGCUAGAGCUUAGCAAGUCGGAGAUCGACGAUGCUCACAAGGACAAGCAUCAUAAGGAAUAUCCUAACAAUUUUAUGGUUGCGUUAGUACUGCGAAGGGUACCAAACGGUAGAUUUUCGGACAGCGUUAGCCUGAAGACGACGUCUUCUCUAAUAACCUGCGCCAUGGAAAACAACCGGCAAGCCCAUUUAUAUUCCCAGAACCAGCACCAGCAGAUGCUGCUUCAACAGCAUCACUCGCCUCUCCAACAACAGCUCCUGCAGCAACAGCAGCAACCUCCACAUCGACAAAUAGGCAGCGACGCCUACCGACCAACGAUAAUCAAACAUCAUAAUAGCUCACCCGGUGGUUUCCUGCAGCAUGACCAGCAACAACAACAACAACAACACCAUCAUCAACUGCAACAACAGCAGCAACAGAACUCACUGCCACCGCAGCAGAAUAACCACCACAACAAUCAUCAUCCACAGCAGCAGCAGCAGCAAAAUCUUACCGAUAAGCAGCAGUAUUUCAAGGCGGCGCAUGAAAACAGCCAGCAGCAACAACAGCAGCAGCAGCAGCAACACUACGUGGACGACAGCCAUCACCACCACUGUCUCGAGUACUCGGAAACGUCCAGCUCGGAAUCGUCGACCGAAGAGGAAGGAUGGGAUUCCGGAACCGCCGUCAGCAGCACCAUUCGCCAUCAUCGCAUCACCACCCCCACCUUCAACAACAACAACAACAACACGAGCACCAGAAACGGUGGAAGCGGAAAUCGGGUCGCCGUCCUCACCGCCAGCAAUGGCAAUGGCAGCAGCCGAACCACGAACCACGCUUCCUCCUCUCCUCCUCCCCAACAGCAGCAUCGUAAUCGCCGUUUGACAUACGAUGACGAUCAACCGAGUGCUGGUGCCACUACUAGUCACGGGGGCCAGUGCUCACCCAGUGGAAGCCGAUCAUCGGUGACCUCGGCUCCCGAAGCCCCAGUGAAGCCUCCCAGCAUGACGUCAAAAUCGCCAAUCAAAAAGUCGGCCUCGGCCGUCGAAACGGCGGUCACCACUGCGGCCAACAAACUACGUCGAAUGUCGACCAAUGCGAUCUUUAGCUUUAGUGCCCAUAACAGUAGUAACACUAACUGUAAGUCCAACAAUAAACCUAGUACUAGUAGCGCUGUUAGUGGUAGUAGUAACAAUAAAUGUGAUAUUUUCAAUCUGUUGUCGCGAUCGCCGAGUACCCAGCAAGCGUCGUCGAUUCCGCCGAGCGACAAAGGGUCCAAUCCGUCGAGUCCGAUCACCAGUCCGACCAAACUAGUUGCUCGGAGCAUCAGCAAUGAUCCGACUGCUUCCGCGUCCGGUGCACCGACGGACCACCUGAGGCGUGACUCGUUGCCAAUCAUCGGCGGUCUACUGUCGUCAUUCUCGACCUCGUCGGUAUCAUCCUCGAACUCAUCCUCACUUUCUACGUCCACAUUCGGUACGGGCAGCACCCAUCAGGGCCUUCCGCUGCUGUCGACUACCUUGGGUCAGCCGAAAACCAGCAAACUGCAGGCCCUGUUUUCCGUUAGCUCCUGCUAUAACGGGUCCUACGGGCGGAGUGUCAACGGUGGUGAUAGGAAGAAUAAUGGGCGCCACGUAAUUCGCACCAGCAGCUAUGGUGCCUACGGUGAUGCAGAUGAUGAUGAUGAUGAUGGCGGCGGCGGUGGUGAUGAUGUUGAUGACGGUGCCGAACACCACGAAGACGUGGUGGCGGCGGUGGCUGCGGUGGCUUUUGGCAGCAACGGAACCCGUAGAAGCGUUGGUCGGAAGAUCGGCAGCACCACCAGCAACAGCGAUAGCGGUCGGAGUAGUACCGAGAUUGGACCGGAGGUUGACAAAGAUAAAGAACUAUCGCAGCACAACGGUCAAAGUGCUGCUGCUGCUGCUGCUGCCGCCGCUGGCAAUGGCUGUGUGAAAGAUCUGGUUUAGUCGAUUAUUGUUAUCUGUUUGUAAUUUUUAGCUAAGCUUAUGGCGUUUUUUUUUUAAUUUUGACGUGGAAAUCUACUACGGAAUGAGACUGUUACGAAUAGAUGCUCGUACCUUUGGGAUGUUGACCCCGCACCUAACAACGGGACGAAUUUCAGUUGCAAAAAUGAUUACAUGAAACGAAGGAAGAGGAGUUCUUACAAGAGUUCAGGUUGGUUCCAAGAACACUUCUAAAUGAAGUCUUACCAGGUCGAAUCCCCUUUAAAAGAUCUUUAAAUGCUUUCUGGAAGAGGACAAAGUCCAAUGAAAAAUUUAGGCGAAGUUGCAUGAAUUUUCCCAGAGACGUCAUGAGAACUCCGUGAGAGAGAGCAACAAACUUCAAGCGAAAGCCAUAAAAUCCUGCAGAUCUUGAGAAAAUUAAACUUCUUAUGAAUCUUUCAGGAUAAGAUUCCAGAAGGAAUUCUGGGAGCAGUCAGAGAAUACUUCCAAUUGAAAAUGGAUUAAAUUUCCGGGAAAAAAUUAGGAAAUGUCCGAGGGAAGUUGGAUGAAACAUCUGGCGGUAGCCAGAAAUACUUAAGGUAUCAUUUGGAAGAAAUUUCUAUAAAUAUUCAGAAAAAUUGUCCGGGGGCUUUCGGGAAAGUUUAAAAAAAAAAAUCUUUUGGUAGAUCUUGAAAACAUCUUCUUAGAGCACUCGAAAUUUCCGGUGCAAAUUCCCAAUUGCUUCCCAAUUUUCGACGAAGGUAGGUUGAAACUUCCGGGUGCAGUCCCAAAAAAACGUCCAAGAGAGGUCAGAAGAAUUCUCCCAAGGCAACCAAAACAAACUUCCGGGUGAAUUCGGAAAACAUUUUCAGAAGAAGCGGAAAAAGCUUUGGAAAAAACUUCCGUCAGAGGAAAGUAUAAAAAAACUUCCAGCAAAAGUAAGGAUCAGCAUCUGGAGGAUGCUGAAAGAAUCUUUAUGAAAACGACGGAAGAAACAUCCCACGGUACCCAAAAGGACUUCUGAGUUCAGUAGGAAGGGAAAUCUUCCGGAAAUGGAGUCAAUAGCGACCUCAGAGGAAAGUCCUGAUAGACUUCUGUUGGAAGUUCAAAACAUUUUCUAGGAGCACUCGAAAUACUCUGCCGAUCCAUGUUGGAAUAAUCUUUCUGGAGAAGACGAAAGAAUCUUACUGGAGAAGUUGGGUGAAAAUUCCGGGAAAGAAGGAAAAACUUUCGGGGGAAAUUUGGAUGAAAAUCAUCGAGGAGUGGAGGCAGUAGAUACUUAAUGGAAAGUCCAGAUUAACUUCUACUGUAAGUUGAAAACAUCUUCCAGGAGAACUCGAAAGCCACUUCCGGUCCAUGUUGGAAAAAUAUUUCUGAAAAAGACGAAAGAUUCUUACUGGAGAAGUUGGAAGAAAAUUCCGGAGAAAGCAGGAAAAACUUCCUGGGUCGAGUCAAAAUGGACUUCAGGGGAAAUUUCAUAUUUACUUCUGCUGGAAGUUGAAUACAAUUUCUUGGAGCAUUUGAAAGACUCUUCCGGUCCAUGUUGGAAUAAUCUUUCUGGAGAAGACGGAAGAAUCUUAAUGGAGAAGUUGGAUGAAAAUUCCGGGAAAGAAGAAAAAACUUCCGGGGAGAAUUUGGAGGAAAAAUCUUCCGGGUCGACCCAUCCUUGAAAAUCCAGAUUAACUUCUGCUGUAAGUUGAAAACAUCUUCCAGAAGAACUUGAAAGACUGUUCCAGUCCAUGUUGGGGAAAUAUUUCUGGAGAAGACGAAAUAAUCUUACUGGAGAAGUUGGAAGAAGAUUCCGGGCAAAGCAGGAAAACUUCCGGGGUGAAUAUGGUUGAAAAAUCUUCCGGGGUUGAAGUUAAUUCGUACUGGAGUAGUUGGAAGAAAAUUCCAGAGAAAGCAGGAAAAACUUCCGGAGUCGAGUCAAAAGGGACUUCAGGGAAAAGUCCAUAUUAACUUUUACUGGCAGUCGAAUACAAUUUCUUGGAGCAUUCGAAAGACUCUUCCGAUCCAUGUUGGAAUAAUCUUUCUGGAGAAGACGGAAGAAUCUUACUGGAGAAGUGCGACGAAAAUUCCGGAGAAAGCAGAAACAACUUCCGGCAUGAAUUUGGAAGAAAAAUCUACCGGGGUGGAGUCAAUAGGGACUUCAGGGAAAGUCAAGAAUAACUUCUGCUAGAAGUUGAAAAAAAAGUUCCGGAGUCGAGUCAAAAGGGACUUCAGGGAUAGUCCAGAUUAACUUCUGCUGGAGGUUGAAAACAUGUUUUAGGAGCACUCGAAAUACACUUUUGGUCCAUGUUAGGAAAAGCUUUCUGGAGAAGUCGAAAUAAUCUUACUGGAGAGGUUGGAAGAAAAUUCCGGGGAGUGCAGGGGACUUCAGAGAAAGUACAGAUUAGCUUCUGCUAGAAGUUGAAAACAUUGGGAAAAUCUUUUUGGAGAAGACGGAAGAAUCUUAAUGGAGAAGUUGGAAGAAAACUCCGGGAAAGAAGGAAAAACUUUCGGGGGAAAUUGGGAUGAAAAUCAUCCAGAACUGGAGUCAGUAGAUACUUAAUGGAAAGUCCAGAUUAACUUCUACUGUAAGUUGAAAACAUCUUCCAGGAGAACUCGAAAGCCACUUCCGGUGCAUGUUGGGAAAAUCAUUCCGGAGAAGUUAGAAGACAUUUCCGGGGAAAUGCAUGAAAAACUUCCGGGGAGAAUUUGGAUGAAAAA